AUGGUGCAGGCAACUUCCCAGUCAGACCCGUCUACGAGCCAUGCUUCCACAUCCAAAGCCGGCGUUGCUUCCUCGUCCGACCUCUUUGUCUCUUAUCAAGACAUCUUUGAGCACCUUGAGCUUGCGCGCCAUCAACGUGACACAGAAACCAUCCGAUCCAUUCUUUCAGCACGCAAAGACAACCUCAAAUCUUGUCUUCAGCCCUUUCCCAUCCUCUCAGCUCCUCAAUUUGACUCCUUCUCCUCCUCCUCGCAAGCUACGCCUCCUACUACGCUCAAGCUUUCCGAUGGCUCGGUCCAUACGCCAACAGAACAAACACGGCAGCUCUGCGAAGCCAUUGUCGAACAGUACCAUAUCUCGCACGAAGACGCCUUCGUCGGUCGACGUCAGGCCAAUUCGGGCUUCUUCGACAACGAAGCCCUAGAAACCGUCGAGUGCAUCUCCAGUCUGCUCGUCCUCAUUGCUGUCGAGACACUCUCGCUCGAAGAGGUCAUGGAUGGUUUGGAUAUGCUUCAGGGCUCCGAUUCUCACAUCUCGAAACACCCACAAAGUCUCGAACUGGCCCUCGACCUCCUCAGCAACACCUCUGCCGAUCCCUUGCAUGCACCCAUCCUCCUCGCCUGGGCACUCGUCCUCCACCGUCUCGAAGAUGCCCUAGCAGCUCAGUAUGAUGCCUCCGACCUCGACCCUUCCCACCAACUUCCCGACUCCACAUCUCAACUUGCAGAUGUCAUCAGAACCGACGACGGUGGUCCGCCUUUGUGGAGGAGGUUGGCUCAAGCCGCUUUUGCUCCCGAACUCCGCCUCUUUGACACCCUCAUGUCUCUGCUUGCCUCGCCCUUGUUGACCAGCAGUAAUGGUGCAAGCACCCCCGCUGUGGCCGGUCCAUCGGCUCUAGCCUACCGCGCCGUCUUCAAGGGCCUUUUGCUCAGCAUAACCGAGCUCGUCAAGCCCGAAUUCCUCCCCGAUUUCAACACCCUUGUCAGUCUUUGGGAGGCCACUUUUGGCUCUGGCGUCGCUCUUCAGCUCAGUCAGACCGCCAUUGAUGGCGUCGCCGCCCUCUGCGACCAAUUCUGGCUCGUCGACAGCAGGUAUGAGUCCAGGUGCACAACUCUGGAUACCGCCCGACGUCGAUGGCCCGUUAGCUUCCGUCCCUUGAUCCUGCUCACAAGGGCUCUCUCUGGUCACGCCAGGGUUGAUGCACAAGCAUCUUGGCCCUCCCUACUCGACGGCCGCUCCCGUCCGGAGGCCGAAGAGCGAGCCUGCGCUGCUGUCUUUGACUAUCUUGCUAACGUGCCAACAUUCGCACAGGUCCUCCCUGUGGGCGCCAACACGCCCAAUGCGCCCUUUGAGACCAUGGAAGGAGGAGACUAUACCUCGGUUACUUAUCGAAUCACCCGUACCAUGCAUAUCCCAGGUACUCAGGUCCGCUUCUCGCCUGGAACCACCGGUUCCACAAUUUCGGAGCUCGGAAAAGAGCCUGUCAUCGUCCUCUGGAGUCCAACGCGUCCUAUCAGCGCAUGGAAGCUCAUGCGAGACAUUCUCUCUUCCUUCCCGCCGGCUUUCGCGGAGCUCGGUGCUGCUUUCAAGGAUGUCGACCCCUUCCGCGAUCAGAAACAGUCUGUCAGCUUCGCCCAGAUCGCUCCUGCGGAUUCCAACGAGGCCUGGGAAGAGCUUGCGUCUGACGUGCUUGAUCUCUUCGCCAGCAUCAUUUCUGCAAGCGCAGAUCUCGCCUGGACCCUGCUUGCUCAUCUCGACGGUCGCGACAUUAAUGCUGACGAGAUCUCCCUUGAUUACGAGCCCGAGGAGCUCGAACAUAUCCAAAAGGAGAAGGAAGAGCUCGCAAACGCAAAGAGCCUCUCCUCCAUAGCCGUCAGCCUGCUAUCACAUGCACUUGUUGCGGCUCCCAUCAACAUUCGCCUUGUUCGAUCAUCUCUUCGCCUACUUACCGUGCUUCUGCCAUACGAUCCUGAUGUGGUGUGGCAGGAAGUGCGAUCAUCCAACGCCCUCAUCGGAAGCCCAGGCGCUAUUCCUUACCUGUCCAAGGGUACCGCCGCAGCAGGCUUGCCUACCGUAUCAGUCUUGCUGAAUCAGGAAAUGGCACGUGCUUCCUACGGUGGUCUCAUCUCGUUGCUCGACUUCCACAUAUCCCUGUUUUCAGAGCUACGCAGGUCAUACUCCACCUCUUCUACAGAUGCUCUCGAGACCAAAGCCAGCGUUCUCCUUCGUACCUUCAAUUGGAUCUUCGAAUGCGUUUGGCCCGAAUAUCAAAGCUGGCGAUAUGUGCAAUUGGCAGAACGGCUCGAGAUCGGCACCAAGUGCACUCGACUCCUCCAUAUGGCUCUCGAAGAGCGCAGCUGGCGCCUCUCACCGACACCAACUUCAACUCUGGUCGAUGAGCCUGGACCGGCAGCUCUUCUCGUCGAAGCCGCCGAGAGGAGCUUGGUAGGAAAUCCCAGCAUCGUUGGCAUUGCACCUAUGAUCACGUGCAUUGGAACAGGCCAGCAGUUGCUCGACGCCUUGAGCAGGGCUGGCAGACAGACCGAUGCCGUCUUGGCAGAAGAAUGGAUCCUAUCAACCCUGCGUCUCGCCGCGCUCAUUGUCUCUCGCAAGCGCGAGGGCACUCUUGCCGCCCUCCACGAUUUAUCGACGCUGCCUGCAGAGACGGCCAGGAAGGCCGUGUCAGCGCGGAUCAAUAUGGGCCUUUUCGAACGACUCUUUUUCGACCACACCAUUGUCGCCUCUCGAACCGCAUUUGGCGGCGGACGCAGAUCGAAUCGAGUCGAGCUGGCAAGUGCCACUUUUGCCUAUGUGCUUUUCCCGACUUCCACUGCCAUCAGCUCCGAGGCGGCACACCUCGUCACUUCCGUUUUGAGGUCCGCAAACGAUCUUGCCUCAUCAGGCAAGCAGAUCCCCGGCCUCAUCGGCCACAUGGGCACUCUAGAAGAGCUCGAGGAAACGCUUUCCGGGUUGGUCGACCUCGUUGCCAAUUCAAACCAGCAUUCCGCCCUCAAGGUACAGGUGUGGACAAUGCUUGCUGCCAUCGUCGAUACCCAGCCAGCCCUCGGGACGCUCCUCUUGACCGGCCGCCACCUUGCCAUGACGACCGAAACCCGCCUCAACAGGUCCGAAGGUGAAUCGGAAUCCAAGCCGACUGAGCCUGCCGCAUCUGCACCCGCCUCGUACAGGUCCAGUAACGGUCGGGCACUCGAUAAAACAGCACUCGAUGUCGCUUCCGAGGCUGUCCUUGCCUGGCGAGCAGCUUACGACGGCGCAUCACAGCUGCUCGAAAGUGUCCUCCGCUUCCUCGAUGUUGCUUGGGUGCAUGCGGCUGAACACGUCGCUGCAUUUGAUACGAUCCGCACAAACUCGGCAUUCUUCCGCGCCUUGGCUGACGUAAUUUGCGAAGCGACCGAGAUUCCAACAACAUUGGCCGAAAGAUUUAUUGAUUCUGAGCCGGCUUUGCAUGCUAGCAACGAUGCCGACGUGUCUGCUUACUGCUACCGGAAGAUGUGCCAGGCACGCUCGCUUCGACUUCUUCAGCAUGACAUCCAGCUCGGUGGGAUUCUCAAGAAUCGGAACAAAAGCGAUGCAUCUAGCAAGGCUAGUCUUGAAGCGUUGCUCGACAUCCUCGCCUCGUCGGACCGCACGCUCAAAUCGAUCGAAAAGAGCUUCUCGAUGCCUUGCGAUCCAUUGAUGCGCGCGACCUUGGAACUAAAGCUGGCAGAAAUCUUUCCUACCAUACAUGUCGAGUCCCUGCGCCAUCCGUCGCGUAAAGAUGACUUUGACCUCGACAAAUGUUACGGUGACAACUACCACUUUAGCGUCUCUGCUUUCCGAAACAAAGCCGAAGGCCGUGUCCUCGAUGGCGAGCUCGGUGGCGAGGUGGCGCUGAUUGAAGAGGGCCUCCUUGCCAUCUUCACCAUCAACAUGGAGUGGAGUCUGAUCGACGUGCAAAACUACUUGCUUCAGGCAUGGACGCAAUGCAUCGAAGUGUGCAUGGGCCGCAUUGUUGCGCAGGCACUCAACAAGAACAGCAUGUCUGCACUGGAGACAUCCGCCAUCACAAGUUGGACCCGGCUCGCCACGCUAGCUGCUGACGAGGGCCGCGAGGGCGACUUCAUGCGCGGCGUCCAUGCUACCCGACUUGGUCUUCUCACCAAGCUCAUGGAACUUUCCUGGGGCCACCGCCGCAGCAAGGAAUCGUCGACUACCGAUCAGAUCGUCCAAGCUGCCACUCUGUGCGGACGCCUUGUGACACACCCCUUCUUCCGUGUCGAAGACAGCCUCAAAGCGACCGUACCGCCCGAGUUCCACCGCGAUGUAUUCGAAAUGGUCCUUGUAUGUGUCGCUCGUAUUCGUGCCUUGUUGUCCUCGAAAGGCUCCAUGGUUCGUCCGAACGAAGAGACAAUCGAGAGCCACAAAGCGCUUCAUGCAUCUGUCGAACUCUUCUGUCGCCACGUUACAGACGCUCUCCGCAUCAAGAUCGAGGACGCGCUUCGGAGUUUGCAGAUUUCUCAGCAACGCCAAGUAAAUCUACAGGUGUUGGAGGACGACCUUGACAUCCUCGUGAGCAUCUUCGAGAUGACGAUCCGACGCGACGUAGGCGCUGAGACGGCGGUGUGGUUGGCUCACGUCCAAGAGACGCAGCUGCUACAGACCGCCCUUCGUCUCCUGGGACGAGCACCAGUGCUGCGACCGGAAAGCAUCAAUGGUGCCAAUACGCCUGUCAACCCAAACAGCGCUCACCAUGUCGCUUUCAUGAAACCGUUGCUCUCGCUGCUUGUGGCUAUUGCAUCACAACCCUCUUCGAGCGAGGAACUUGCCCUGCAAGGUACCGUCAAUGUAUUGGCCUCCAAUAUGCUUACCGAUUCUCUCGAGGAUGGCCAGAUCUCGCCUUUGUUGCUCUCUGGUGAUCCGAGUGCGUCUCAUGAGUGCUGGAGAUUGAUGCUACGUGUCCUUGUCAAUCUGAUCGACAAUCUGGGAGCCGGAUCCGACUCCCCGAACUGGAGAGGCGUCAGCGCCAGGUUUGUGGAAACGGAUGUCUAUGGGUUUGUUCGCGUCUACCAAAAACAGAUUGAUCGGGCGAUGAACCUCAACGAGCUGCACGCACGACUUGCUUCGAUGUCAGGCGUCUUGAGCCACCCAUCGUCCAUCCAUGACCGCUUUGGCGACGGGAAUGUCGGCGCUGCUGUCAGUCUAGAACAACUGGAGGAGAUUGAGCUGAUAUCGACUCUUCUGUACAGCUUGACACAUAUCGAAGGCGAGCAGUGUUGGCACUCGCAUGGUGCACGAUCCGAGCGCGAUGUAGCGGUUCCUUCCAUCGUGCAACAUCUCGCUGUGACUUCGGCAGGGACGGUGCAGCCCCUUGUGCACCUCUUGCAACAUCCGAACGAGCUUACGAGUCUGCUCGGCUUGGACCCGGCAGCAGCAGAAGCCACGAAUGUUGUGCAAGAUGCGGCAGCGACCAAGAUUCGCACGAUUGUAUGCGUGCUGAUCGCCAGCCUGUGGAAUUAUACUUCUUGCGCGUUGGUGUUGUGUCGAGGCUCGGACGCUUGGCCGUCGACCGAGUCUGGACGCGCAAUUGUGCGGCCGACGACGCGAACCAGCACUGUGCGCAUUGCUACGCUCGGCACGCUUCUGGACCUCAGCACUCAUCUGACCGACUACAUUAGGACCAAUAAGCAGAAGCUGACAGCCGAGGAUAAGGGACGCUUCUCGGCAACACUUGAACAGGCGCUGGGCCUAGCGGCAACUCAGGCAGCCAUCUGGGCAGCUGGAAGGUCCAAGGAUCAUACAGAGCCGGCAAGGCUGGAGCACAUGGCGCGGCAAGAGCUCGAGUCGGGUCUUUCGAGGGAUAUCGUGUCUGCAUUGAGGGCAGCCGAAGAAGUUGUUGGCGCGCAAGGGAAUUUAUUCUCAUUGAUCACGACAUUUGUAGAGUCGAAACUGAACAGCUCGCGCUUUUGA